AAACAAUAAGCCCCUAAUCAUACAUUUCUGACUUAAGGGUUGUUUCUCUCUUGUGUUGGUUUUAGGGGAAAUUCUGUUUGUAAAAAUAAAGGAGGGAAGUCAAGAGAAUCUGGAGAUGUCGAUUUCUGGAGGAGGAGGUGCCGGCCAAAUGAGUGUUUCCAGAUGGCUUCCGACAAAAGAGCAAAUAGAAAUGCUAGAGAAUUUGUAUAAGCAAGGAUUAAAAACUCCACGUGCUGAAGAAAUAGACCAGAUUACCAAUAGGCUAAGGAAAUUUGGUCACGUUGAGGGAAAGAAUGUGUUUUAUUGGUUCCAGAAUCACAAAGCUAGGCAAAGGCAGAAGCAAAGGGUUGAUCAUCAUCAUCAGCAGCAUCAUCAUCAUGUUUCCUAUGCCAAUCCUUUGCUUCCCAAGGCGUCUUCUUCUUCCUCUGCUAGUUGCCAACCUUUUACCAAUGUUAUAUGCAACCCAUUUUAUCCCCCAAACCCAGAAAUGGGAAUGUGUCAGCCGCCGCCACAACAUCAACCAAAGAUGCUUUUGCCAAGAACAACCCUCAAGAGAAAACCAGAAGAAGUACCAUUGAUGAUGAGGACCAAUGUUAUUAAUAAUAAUAAGCCUGAUUGUGGAUUUAAGCCAUUUAUUAUUGAUUUCCAGCCAAAUCUGCCGACUCAGAAACCCAAUUUGCAGUACCAAAUCACCAGCAAAUUCAGCAGCACUAAUGAUCAAGAAGAAAACUGCAUGAUGAAUAAUCUCAUUAGCCAAACAAACAAGGCGCCUGAUUAUGAUCAUGUCGAUAACAAGGAGACUUUGGAGCUAUUCCCAACUCAUCCUUGUGGGAAUUUAUUACAACCUACAUCAUCAGCAGCAAAUGCUGCUCUGGAGAUCAAUGCUGCUGCUUUUUCUAGUCCAGGCCCUUUAAUCAACAAAUGUUCUGUUGAUCAAUAUCAUCAUCAGAUUCUGGGGGUUUCAGAAGAUCGUGCUAAUUUCUUCGAGUUCCUACGUGGAAAUGGCUCUUUUGGUCAUUGUGACAGUUCAAUUUAGCUCCUGAUUUUGGCCUUUGGGGGGUUUUACUUGAUGUUUUGGGAUGAUUAAGGGUUUGUUUUUGUUUUUCUGAAUGAC